GGUUCCUGCGCCUGCGCGCUGUUUGGGUGCAGCGGCCUCCCCUUUUCCUCGGUCCGCCGCGUCGCCUCCUCCGCCCGUCGCCGCCAUGAAGUUUGUGUACAAGGAGGAGCACCCGUUCGAGAAGCGCCGCUCCGAGGGGGAGAAGAUCCGCAAGAAGUACCCGGAUAGGGUCCCGGUCAUCGUGGAAAAAGCCCCCAAGGCCCGAAUAGGGGACCUGGAUAAGAAGAAGUACCUGGUGCCCUCCGACCUCACAGUGGGCCAGUUUUACUUCCUCAUCCGGAAAAGGAUCCACCUGCGGGCCGAGGACGCCCUUUUCUUCUUCGUCAACAACGUCAUCCCCCCCACCAGUGCCACCAUGGGGCAGCUCUACCAGGAACAUCAUGAGGAGGACUUCUUCCUUUAUAUCGCUUACAGCGACGAGAGUGUCUAUGGCAGCAUGUAAGACCCCCGGAGUCCGCCGGCUGCCGUUGAGGGGCAACUUGCCCCUAAAGGGACCUGCACUUUCUGUUGUUACUUGUUGUUGAUUUUAUGUUUAAAAGGUUUUUUUUUCCCCUUUUUUUGCUCCAGGAAAAUGGAGGGUUCUCUCUCUCUCUCCCCCCCCCUUUUAUUUCUGGCUGUGAAUCUUUUACCUCUUUUUUUCCUCUUUUAAUUCCUCCCUUCUUUUGGCUUUUUCUUUUGAGGUGGUUGUGGCUAAAAUUAAAUACCUCUCCCUUGCAAUUUCCCUCCGUGCUUUUCUUCCUUUCCUUUCCCCCCCUCCCCUGUUGAAAAGGUAGAUCUGGAAUUUCACACAAAAAAACCCCUUUUUGGUUUUUCCGAUUCCCCCGCCCUCCUUUGCCACUGCACCCCGAGUUUGCUUUUUCAUCAGGGAGGUGCCUCAUCUUGGCAGAUUUCUGUAACCAGGGUUUCGGGGGGGACGGGAUGGGAAAAUGAAUGCUAAUUAAAAAAAAAAAACAGGUAUAUAAGAAAA